UGAGAUUUAGGUCUGCGUAUCAGAACAAGAUGAAGGAAUUGUUUGUUCUGCUCCUGUUGUGUGACGUUGCAUCUCCGGUGACACACUCUCUGAAAUAUCUCCUUACUGCAACUUCUGGCAUACCAAACUUUCCAGAGUUCAUAGGAGCUGCAAUGGUUGAUGAAGUUCAGGUGGGUUAUUGUGACAGCAACGUCAAGACAGCAGAACCAAAACAAGACUGGAUGAAAAAAUUAAUAAAAGAUGACCCACAGCACCUGGAGUGGUACACACUGAAGUGUUUUGGAAAUCAGCAAGUCUUCAGAACCAACAUUGACAACUUGAAGCAACGCCUGAACCAAACUCAAGGUGUCCACAUUUUACAGAGGAUGAAUGGCUGUGAGUGGGAUGAUGGCACUGGAGAGGUUGUUGGUUAUAAUCAGUAUGGUUAUGAUGGAGAGGACUUCAUAGCAUUGGACCUGCAGACACUGACAUGGGUCGCUCCAAAACCACAGGCUGUCGUCACCAAACUGAGAUGGGAUGCUGAGAAAGCGAGAUUAGAAUACAAUAAAAACUACUACAUCCACAAAUGUCCCGACUGGCUGAAGAAGUAUGUGAACUAUGGGCAGAGCUUUCUUCAGAGAACAGAGCUUCCCUCAGUGUCUCUCCUCCAGAAGACUCCCUCCUCUCCAGUCAGCUGCCACGCUACAGGUUUCUUCCCUCACAGAGCUGUGAUGUUCUGGAGGAAAGAUGGAGAGGAUCUUUAUGAGGACGUGGACCAAGGAGAGAUCCUCCCCAACCAUGAUGAAACCUUCCAGAUGAGUGUUGACCUGAACAUUUCAUCAGUCACACCUGAAGACUGGCGGAGGUACGACUGUGUGUUUCAGCUCUCUGGAGUGAAGGAGGACAUCGUCACCAAACUGGACAAAGCAGUGAUCAGGACCAAUGAAGUUCCUCCUUCAGAGUUUCCUGCUGCGGCUGUCAUUGGAGGUGUUGCACUGCUGCUCCUUACACUCUGCAUCUCUGGAUUCUUCAUCUGGAGAAGGAACAAUAAUGGGUUUCAGCUAGCUAACAGAGAACGGUGAGGGCUGAGAAAGGAUGCUGAACUCCGCUGAGUGAGGAAUGAAUGGGAUUCUGACCCACUAUCAUGUACCUGGGACAGCUCCAGGAUCAGCACACCUGACAGUCAUCAUGAAAUUUCUGCCAUUUUUAAAAACCUCAGCUGUCAGAACUGUGACACUAACUAUUUUAUACGCAUUAUUACUGUGACAGAAAAAAAAGUUUUGUUGGGCUAGAAAUCCACCUCCAGCAUUUUAUAUUUUCAAUAUUCAAGCAGAUUUAUUCUCUUAUAACCAAAGCAGCUGCAGUGUGUAGAGAGACAGAGACAGGCUUGUGUUGAAAUAAUUGUUGCCACGACCGGCUCAAAACCAUGACAAGGAAAGCGGGAGGCAACACAAGGAGUUAAAGCAAAGAGACCAUUAUUUAUUUGUAACCAAAGUCAAAAAUCAAAGUCAAUCAAAGAUGCUGUGAGGUGUGGAAGUCAGUCAAUCAGUAGUGAUAGCAUGAGUGAAGAAUGGAGUAUGAAGUGUUGGGGGGGGUCAAGAAACAAAAAAAAAAAAAACAGGGAGAAGACGAGGAGCAUGAAGCGUCUGGAGCCACGCUUCCCUCUGUGUGUUGUUCAUCAGGAAGGAAGUGUGGAGGAUUUUAAUAGCCCUGGAACACCUGGCCCAGGUGUAUCCAAUUAGCCAUUACCCAGCCACACCCACUGGUACCUAGAAGAGAAAUGACACAAGCAAGCCUCCUGCCCAACAACCAAACAGGGAGGGGUGUCACAGUAUGCAAUGACACUUGAUGAUGAAGGAUGAAACAGCAACAACAAUAUUGAAUAUCACAAUAUUUACUGGCAUAUGCAAUGUUUUUCAUAAUAUUGAGAGAAGAAAAAUAAUAAUAAAUAAACAAUAAUACAUAAUAUAUUAUUAUUAUCGCAAAAUUUGGGCUGGACUAGAUAUGAAGUUGCAGAUAUGGUCCAAGCCUAGUUGUGAUUUCAUCAUAUGGAUCAUGGGACUCUCUGUAAUUCAAAUAAACUUCAAGUUUUCGAAAUGUA